AUGUCGGAUCGAGAGAGGAGUCGUUCCAGGACUCGCAACGGGUCUCGAGAGCCGGCACCCAAGCCAGCCGCUAUGUCGCGGGGCCAUAGCCGAAGCCGGUCUAGGACGCCGCCCCCGCCAAAAGCAUCGAGCAGAAAAUAUAGGAGCCCGUCGCGGUCGCGGUCGGGGUCUGCGCGGCGCGGGUACCGUUCGCGGUACUCCCGCUCCCGCAGUCGCUCGUACUCGCCGCGCGGCUCCUAUCGCCGCUCCCACAGCCACAGCCCAAUGUCCUCGCGUCGCCGCCAUAUGGGUGACAGGGUGAGGAGCGAUGUUUAUGAAAAUCCCACGCCGUCUAGAUGUCUCGGAGUGUUCGGACUGAGUCUGUACACUACCGAACAGCAGAUCAACCACAUCUUCUCUAAAUAUGGACCCGUCGACAAAGUACAAGUUGUCAUUGAUGCUAAGACCGGUCGUUCUCGUGGCUUUUGCUUCGUGUACUUCGAGAACCAAGAAGACGCAAAGGUUGCAAAGAACGAGUGCACCGGUAUGGAGAUAGAUGGACGUCGCAUCCGCGUCGACUACUCCAUCACGCAGCGGGCGCACACGCCCACACCUGGCAUCUACAUGGGGAAACCUACUGUGAGCAGAGGUGGCGACAACGGCUACGACAGACGUCGCGACAGGGACGACUACUACUACCGCGGAGGCGGCGGCUACCGCGAGCGCGACUACUACCACCGCGGCUACAGGCACCGGUCGCCGUCGCCGCACUACCGCCGCCGGCGCUACGAGCGAGAACGCUCCUACUCGCCGCGUAAGUCCUAUUACCACCAAGAGCGAUAG